UUCCGCUGGCUCUGGAGUUGAUUCGCUCUAAGCAGUGGCUGUCAGUAUUGUUCCCAUUUUUCAGAUCUGAGGAACUGACAGCUUCCCCAAAGCCCCCCGGGUGCCCCCGAGACCAUCCCAAGUUCCCGGACACACUUUCCCUCGGGCGCUCUUUCGUUUAGCAGGCUUCUUACUUAAAUCCAAGCAAACACCAGAUAAAGGGCAUUCUAAAUAUAUUUCUUUGCUAUAGAUGUUGAUCUCCUGUUACUGGAAAACAGGAAUUAGCUUGUCUGCUUGAGGAUGUGGUUGGCGCUUUAUAAAAAGGUUGCAGAACAGAUCUGCGCAGAGUGCCAGCUCCAGGAUGCUGCCGAGCGCGUCCAGCAGGAGGAGGACCUUCGCGGCCAGAUAUUUCACCCGCUCCAAGAGCCUGGUGAUGGCAGAGCAGAGCCGGGGUGCCGGGCAGCCGCUGGGCCCCCGCAGGCCAGGCCCCGUGCUGAAGGCCGGCUGGCUGCGGAAGCAGCGAGGCAUCAUGAAGAACUGGCAGCCGCGCUGGUUCGUGCUGCGCGGGGAUCAGCUUCUCUACUACAAGGACAAAGAUGAGACCAAGCCCCAGGGACUGAUUUCUCUACAAGGGACCCAGGUGACUGAACUCCCUCCUGGCCCUGAGGACCCAGGGAAGCACCUCUUUGAGAUCAGCCCAGGUGGUGCCGGGGAGCGGGAGAAGGCGCCGGCUGGCCCCGAGGCGCUCCUGCUCAUGGCCAGCUCCCGGAGGGACAUGGAGGACUGGGUACAGGCCAUCCGCCGGGUCAUCUGGGCCCCGCGGGGCGGAGGUACUGCCCGUAGCUCGCGUGCCAACCCUGUAGAACCCUUGCGUGAAGGGAUCUUCGGGCAGCGGCUGGAGGACACGGUCUACCACGAGCGGAAGUACGGCCCCCGGCUGGCCCCGAUGCUCGUAGAGCAGUGCGUGGACUUCAUCCGGGAGCGAGGGCUCACGGAGGAGGGCCUCUUCCGGCUGCCCGGCCAGGCCGACCUGGUGCGGGGCCUGCAGGACUCCUUUGACUGCGGUGAGAAGCCGCUCUUCGACAGCACGACAGAUGUGCACACCGUGGCGUCCCUGUUAAAGCUGUACCUUCGGGAGCUGCCCGAGCCUGUGGUCCCCUUCGCCAGGUAUGAGGACUUCCUCAGCUGCGCCCAGCUGCUCACCAAAGAUGAAGGCGAGGGCACCCUGGAGCUGGCCAAGCAAGUGCACAACCUUCCCCAGGCCAACUACAACCUGCUCAAAUAUAUCUGCAAGUUUCUGGACGAAGUGCAGUCCCACUCGGAUGUCAACAAGAUGAGCGUGCAGAACCUGGCCACCGUGUUUGGACCUAACAUCCUGCGGCCGCAGGUGGAGGACCCGGUGACCAUCAUGGAAGGCACCUCCCUGGUCCAGCACCUGAUGACCGUCCUCAUCCGUAAACACAGCCAGCUCUUCACGGGGCCCACCCCUGAGGGCCCCCCCAUAUCGCUGCACAGGGGCUCACCGUGCACUGUGGGCUGGGGCUCUGAGGAGACCAACAAGGACAGCCAGGGCGAUCUUGGAGACCCCAGCCUGCUUACGCAUAGGACCUCGUCCCUGGAUGGGCCAUCCGCUGCGGCGCACUCUAGGACAUCAGCUGAGGCCCAGGACAGCCCCAGGAAGAGGGUGCAGACUCUCCCCAGCUGGAAGUCAUCCUUCCACCAUCGGGGACCUCGGUCAGCAAGCCCACAGGGGGCCGGUGUGUCCCUGGACGUGCCUGUGGCCUCCAGUGGUGGCAGCCGGGGUAACUGGCUCAUGAACGGGCUGUCAUCUCUGCGCGGCCACCACCGGGCCUCAUCAGAGGACUGGCUCAAGGACUCUGGCUCCACGCAGAGACUGUCCACCUACGACAAUGUGCCCCCGCCCAGCCUCUUUCCCAGCAUGGCCAGUGUGGCCAGCACCAUGUGGUCCCCUGCCUCAUCACCCCGUGACGCCUCCAUCAGCAGCUGCACGGCUUGCAGGGCCAGCAGCUCAUCGGCCAGCAGCUCCCUGCACACCGAGUGGGCUCUCGAGCCGUCCCUGCUCCUCAGUAGCAGCGGUGAGGACCACAGGUCCCCUGACCCGGCCUGUGACUUGGACGAGGCAGGGGUGGGUGACAGCAGCAGCCAGGAGCCCAGCACCCCCAACAGCCCUGUCCAGGACCCUGCACACCGCUGCCGGGCGCUCCAGAGCCUGGUGGCCGAGCUGAGGGCGGAACUGUGCCACCAGCGGACCGAGUACGAGGCGAGCCUGCGAAGCAUCGAAGAGGGCAGUGCAGAGCUGCGGGGACAGCUGUCUCGGCUGGAGGAGGAGCUGGACCAGGAGCGGAAGAAGCACUCCAUGCUGGAGAUCAAGCUGCGGAACUCGGAGCGGGCGCGGGAGGACGCCGAGCGCCGGAACCAGCUGCUGCAGAAGGAGAUGGAGGACUUCUUUUCCACACUGGGGAGCCUGACCGUCGGGAGCCCAGGCGCCAGAGUCCCCAAGUGAAAGGACCAGAGGGUGCACUAGCACAGAGACUGAUCCGCGCCCCCCCCCCCCUCCGUGGGACUUUGGGGACCCCCACACCCAGGCAGGAUCUGCUGCUGCUCCCUCCAAGACUGCUCAGGGUUGGGAUAGACGGCAACUAGAGCGGCUUUUAAUCUCCAAACCAGGCUCUGGGAGCAGCCCGCCCACAGUGCCCAGGGCCGCGAGCUGUGCCCAGGAGCCAUCCUGCUCUUCAUUAAAUGCGCGCUGACAGCA